GCCCACGCAUGCCCUACAUUUACUUAGGGUUUCUGUGUCUUCAAAGUGCGACCUAUCCUCUUCUUCUACACUCCCUCAUCCAUUCUCGGCCGGAAAAUCUCCUUAAUUUUUCUUCCAGGGAUUGCGAUAGAACGACGAAGGAAACCAUGCCGGCGAAAGAGAGGACACCUAAGGUCAACAGGAACCCUGAUCUGAUCAGGGGAGUUGGUAAAUACUCAAGAUCGCAGAUGUACCAUAAAAGAGGUUUGUGGGCAAUCAAGGCCAAAAAUGGAGGCGUUUUCCCCCGCCACGAUGCUAAAUCCAAGGUUGAUGCUCCAGCAGAGAAACCACCGAAGUUCUAUCCAGCUGAAGACGUGAAGAAACCUCUCCCCAACAGGCGCACGCCAAAACCAACCAAGCUCAGAUCCAGCAUCACCUCAGGAACUGUGUUGAUUAUUCUUGCUGGUAGGUUCAAGGGAAAGAGAGUUGUUUUUCUUAAGCAGCUUCCCUCUGGUUUGCUUCUUGUGACUGGACCAUUCAAGAUCAAUGGUGUUCCUUUGAGACGUGUUAACCAGGCCUAUGUGAUUGGUACUUCCACAAAGGUUGACAUCUCUGGAGUCACCCUCGAUAAUUUUGAUGAUAAGUACUUUGGCAAGGUUGCUGAGAAGAAAAAGAAGAAGACUGAAGGAGAGUUCUUCGAAGCUGAGAAAGAGGAGAAAAAGGAGAUUCCACAAGGAAAGAAAGAUGACCAGAAAGCCGUGGACGCAGCUUUGAUCAAAGCCAUUGAAGCAGUUCCAGAGUUGAAGACUUACCUCGGAGCAAGGUUUUCAUUGAAACAAGGAAUGAAGCCCCAUGAGCUUGUUUUCUAGGUUUCGUUACCUUUUUCUGAGGUUUCUAGAGUAUCUGUCUCCUGAAGUUUUUACACUCUAAAUUGUUGGUUCUGUUCUCGUCCACUGACCAGAGACAUAAAUUUUGGCUCAACUAUCUGGAUUUCUGUUUUACAUAUGGAUAAUUUAUCAAUCUUGUUUUUGAAUGUGUGA